AUGUUAUAGCCCAUCUGCACAUGGUUAUUUGGAAGGCCAUUGAGAAGUCACUGUGACCUCCAUCUGCCUCACUGUGGAAAUAAAGAGGUGUGGAUCAGUCUGGAGAAGACUGUGCUAGAACAAGCUAUGAGUCAAGGCAUAGAGGAAAAAGCCAUCAAGCACCAUGGUUGUUGGUUGUAGCCAUGUUGGUCUAAGGACAUAAGCGGACAAGGUUAUUUUGAAAUCCUAGGAUAUGAUUUCUAAUCCCGAGCAAGCAGUCCAUGUGGAUCUUCAAGAGCAAAUCCCCACCUGCUUUAUCGUGUUCAAAAUACACCAUCAAGGGCUUUGGCACUUUGCACAGAGGAUCAAUGUGGCGCAUCUACAUGUGCACUUUAAUGCGCAUUAAAGUGUCACAAAAAACAGUGCGCUUUCACUAAUGCACAUUAAAAUAAGGUAAUGCACCUUUUUCUAGUACCUCACAAUGGAGGUACUACAUUUUAUGCACAUCAGUAUGAGCACAUUAAUGAACAUGUAGACACGCAACUGGUACUAGAUUUAACGUGUAUUACCUAAACUGCAUUAAUCGCGCAUGUAGACGCACAGUGUCGCUGGGUUAAGCAGAGACUGAGGCAGUGCAGCAUAUCCUAGUGCGGUGAGGUCCCACCUUUUUGGCUGGCGUACCACAGAUUAGCCCUGCACCCUUCUUGGUGCCACUCCGAUCCCCUUCCCCUACACAAUCUGCUGCUCUGCUUUCUGCUCCCUACUAGUGCCCCUUGCCUGCUCUCCCACUCUGCUUUUUGCUCCCUGUCCCCUCCCAGGGCAAUGUUGUUCAUACCAUGAUGGCUCAGGACUCUCUGCUGAUGUGAGAUUGGAUGAAUGAAUGAAUCAUUCAGCUUUAAACAGACAGACAGCAGCAACUGGGGGUAUAAGCAUGUGUGGAGGGCACUGGAGAAGCUGGGAAGAGGCAGGUGAAAUACUGGUGCUGUGACACGAGGGGCCAGGGGAGCAGCACGGAGGAUACUUGAGCUACUGGCACAAGCUCAAGCAAUUUGGAUUAGGACCCAGGUGCAGGGGGAUAUGCUCUGCCCCUGAGGAGCAGGACACACGUGCCCCUGUCCUGAUGUGACCCUGGGAGCUGGACUCAGUGCUCCCCGUGUGCAGCUCGGGGCUCAGAGCCUGUUUCUGCAUCAGGCCCCUCCGGGGAUAGAGCUGGUGUCCGGACACUGCCCUGCCUCCUCUCUGGUCCGCUGUGGUGGGACACGGGUGCUGAGCUGGGGCACUGCUGCACGUGCACAGCAACCCUCAAUUCGGCACUUAUGCAGAAAGCACCUGGAGUGGUGACUGCAUUGCUUUCUGGGGGUGUAACACCAGGGCCAGACACUGUUCCAGCACCAGUCCCAGCAGCAGCCAAAAUACUCCUCUUCUGACCAGUGAUCCCAGUUUAUCCAGUAGCAGCCUUUUUGGCUACAGCAUCCUAGAGGAACUCAUGUCCCCCGUGCUCUUGUCAGGGUCCCUGCUUCCCAAAACAGAGCCCGCAGCCUGUAAGCGUGUCUGCACUCGGCGUGCCGGCGGCGUGUCCAGCCCCGCACGUGGCCACGCCAAUGCGGAUCCAUGUUGUUGCGUGCCAGUGACACCAGUUAUUCUAUGCUCAUUACUUACCACUCUCCCAGUGCUUGGGCCAGCUGCCAACAUCAUCCAGAAGGAGGGCACGUUUCCUGCCAGGUCAUGGACAGGAGCGCUACGUGGUGGUGGCCCAAGACAUGAUACUCGUGGGGCCCGUGGGAAACUCACCGGCUGGACGUCGCAUCCCGGGUCAGGAUCACACGGACACUAUCCCGCGAGGGAGGUUUCAGCAAGUUCAGUGCGAUGCAAGGUCCUUCAGGCAGGAUGCGGGGAGGUGAGAUGCGGCGGGGCGGCUGCAUCACGAUCUGUCCUUGUCUCCCGAGCCAGAAAUUGUAGAACCGCGAGCCCUGUUUUCUACAAAACCAGAGCGACUGGCCUUAAUUACAGGCUGGCCUUUUAAUUCCCUCUGGACCAAACCCUGCCUAUUUGAAAGGAGGUGAUGCCCGGCAGCGGUCAGCCAGGGGCCUGCGGCUGACCAGAGGGGAGGCACGAGGGGUGGGCGACGUGGGUAUCUGCUGCAGCCACGUGCCGGCUCUCCCUCUGGGCUGCCUGGCCUAAGACUCCUGCAAUGUCCCAUAGCUGUGCCUGUCCCCGGGACACCAGCUCAUCCCUGCCAGGGCAGUCCCUGGGGACAGGCUGCUCCGCGUGACUCCUCCCCCGGUGUCCCCGGCUCCUGGGGACAGCCCUGCCCUGCAGCUCAAACGCAGCUGCUGCGAAGCCAGCGCUCGGCGUGGCUCCGACUCCCUCUCACUCCAGAUUUUGAGACCCUUGAGCCAUGGCCACGGCAUUCGCUCCAAAAAUCAGCCAGGUGCUGAUGACACCGGACCCCCACCACAUCCCUGGCUACGCUGGGUACUGCCCCCAGUACAAGUUCAGGCUGGGCCGGACAUAUGGGAAGCUGACCUCCCAGCUCCUCACCUGCCCCGAGGUUGCCCGCUCCCCACAUCUGGUGCUGCAGCCGACCCAGGGCCCCUGCGGCAAUGCUCAGCCCCCAGAGCAGGAGGAGAAGCUGCUGGAGGUGCCGAGAGCCGGCUGGGGGGCCGGCAUCCUCCCAGUGAGCUGCAGCAUGAUCCCGGGAUACACAGGAUUCAUCCCCAGAGCCCAGCACUUCUUCGCCAAGACCUACCUGGAGAUCUGCAAGGAAGCUAGGAGCGACUUCGCCCGGCAGCAGCGUAGAUCCUGGGGUGGGCAGGAGCAGCCCAGGGCCUGCCAGCCCUGCCUGGACCCCGCACAGGGGAGCAAGGAGCCUGCGGCUGGGAUCCCCGGCUCCGAUCACCGACUGCUCCCCACGGUCAUGGGCAUGGCCCCGCUCCCAGCAGCCGCGGCCCCGCAUGGCUCUCCCUACUCCAUGGAAGACGACAACCCCCACAAAUACUUCAUCUCAGGCUUUACCGGCUUCGUGCCCCGCGCCCGCUUCCUGAUCGGGGCCGGCUUCCCCAUCACCACCCACCGUGCCCUGCUGGAGUUCGCCCGGAUGUCCCGCAAGGACGGCAGCAAGCCCAGAGCCAUGGGCACCAGCAGCCUCCUCCCACCGCUGGGACGCACCUACCCCGCAGCCGGGGGGCUGCUGCCCAACUACACCGGGUACAUCCCAGGCUACAAGUUCCAGUUUGGCCGCACCUACGGCCACCUCACCCACGAUGCCCUGCACCUCGGCCUCCCGGAGAAGCAGCGGCCGGAGUAGCCUCCCCGGCAGAGCACGGUGCUGAGCCUGGCCCACACAUGCUGGGGAAUAAAGGCCCACAUGUUGCCCUCCGUGAUCUGCAGGGUUCACACGCACACGGGCAUCCGCUCCCGGAGACCAGGCUGGGGCCGUGCACGGCGGGUGGGGGCUGUAUCCCUGCAGCCUGCUGGUGCUGGCCAGGGCACAGCCAGGGCCAUGGGAGCCUUGGCACGUCCCAGCUGCAGCCUUUCUCCAGCCGUCCCCAGGGCUGAAGGGCUGCGGCGGCGGCCUGGAUCUCAGCAAAGACCCUCCCCUGGCCUGUCCGGCCAUGGCACCCCCAGCCUGGCUGCUGCGGGGGGUGGACCAGAGCCCCCGGGAUGGGGUGGGACUCACGAGCCAGCAGCCAGCGGAGAGCCUGGUCAGCAUCUUUUUUAUUAAUAUGCAUCAUAAAUAAAGAAAUAAAUAAAG